ACUGUACUGUCUUUUUAAAGACGUCGGUAAUAAAGCGCCACAUCAGCCAUCAACACCACAAACAGCCGUUUUCACGCUCUUUAUCUUUGUUUAGCACGAAAACGACUUAAGAGCGAAAAAACGGCCUCAAGGGUGAAAACAACGCCGAGCGGAAACUUUACCUCAGCGCCUUCGUAUGAAAACUAAACUGUGUUUGUUUCCCUGUGACAGACGCAAUGGGGUCUCUGAGGAAAUCUUCCCUGGCCAAAUUGUGCAUGUUUACAUUAUGUAUGCCGGUGUUGCUUGAAUUUCCUGUGUUGAUUGGAGCUGUGGCAGUGCCUCCAUCAUAUGGAAAGCUAGGCUCAGACUUGGGCUUGCAGGUUUUCCUUCAAACGGUCCAGCAGAAGCCACAUGAAAAUGUAGUUGUCUCCCCUCAUGGAGUAGCCACCAUUUUGGGGAUACUGUUACCAGGCACUCAUGGAAAUACCAAGCAACAGCUCCUUUCAGGUCUCCGAUAUAACAAAAAAGGUCCCUACAAGAUGCUACGGAAUCUGCAUAAGAUGCUAACAUCCAAGGCCCACAAAAACUUCAUAAUCGCCAAUGCACUCUUUCCACAGGAAGGCUUUAACAUUUACAACAAUUUCCUGAAUACCAAUAGGGACAAUUUCUUGUGUGAUAGCCAUGCACUUAACUACAACAACCCUCAGCAGUCUGCAGAUUACAUCAAUGGGUGGAUCAAAAAUCGCACAAUGGGCCACAUCCGCAGUCUUUUGAAACCAGAUAUGUUGGACCCAUCCCUGACACGACUAGUGGUAGUAAACUCAAUCUACUUUAAAGGAAUGUGGAAGUCCCGCUUCCCAGUACAGAGCACCAAGAUUAGUACCUUUACAGGUGGAGAUGGGAAGUCUUACAAUGUGCCAAUGAUGUCCCAACUAUCUGUCUUUAAAAUCGGUUGGGCAAAUACUCCUGAUGGUGUGAAAUAUAGGGUUAUAGAGUUACCCUAUCAUGGCAAUCACACAAGCAUGCUUAUUGCAUUUCCUUCAGAAAGGGUGACACCAUUGUCAAUGAUCUUACCUCAUCUCACCACAGAAACAGUGCAUGGUUGGACCAAACUGAUGCAUCAUGGAAAGAUCCGUCUCUUGUUGCCAAAGUUCACAGCAGAGAUGAGGAUGGAUCUGAAGAGGCCUUUGUGUGCUCUUGGUAUAACAGACAUUUUUAAUAAGGGAAAAGCUGACUUGAGACACAUCAGUUCAGAACCCAUUCAUCUUUCCAGUGCGCUACAAAAAAUCAAGAUAGAGGUUAAUGAGUAUGGAACUAAAGCAACUGCUGCAACUACUGCAAUUUUGAUGGCCAGGUCAUCUCCUCCAGUGGUGAUUAUUGAUAGACCGUUUUUGUUCCUUAUCAAACACAAUUCUACAGGAACCAUCCUUUUUGCUGGUCAAAUAAACAAGCCUUGAGCACACUAUGGUUAAGAACAUGGAGACUCUGACGUAUACUUCACUUCAGCUUUAUAUUUGGUUAUAACAUUUCCCUGCUAUUAGAAAACUUUAAUCAUAAAUAUUAUUUUGCUUUAUAUUACUCUAUUUUAGAUAGAUGGCUGUAUGUUCAGUGUAGUGCAAGCAUAAUCUGCUUGUAAUAAACAUGAAUAAACAUAGUUUACUAAACUAGUUGUGCAUAAAAACUAGACUCGACAAGAAAAAUAAGCAUUAUUUUUUUUUUUUUACACACAUACAUUUUAUACACAUAUAAAAAAGGGGCGGGUCUUGUCGAUAUGGGCGGAGAAAGUGUUCAGUGCACGUGUGUGACAUUAGCAGAAAGCGGUUUUAACAUCGACAUGGAGGAUAAAAACAAAGAAAGAGAAGAAAGACUUACGAUAAGGCAAGAAGUAGGACAUGUUAAUAUAGGAUCAGCUUUCCAGCACUGGAGAGAACUGAAGGAGCAGGAAGUUGGCCACAUAUUCACAGGUUGGAGUUUCCUGAGUCAAUAACUCCUGAGCUAAACGCUGUUACUACACAAAUAACACCUCUUUUCUAUCGUAGUAAUGUAGAGAGGCAGCUACAACCGCGUUUUGUGUAGUAACAGGAGUUAUUGACUCGGGAAACUCCAAACUGUGAAUAUGCGCACCUGCACACUGAACACUCUCUCCACCCAUAUCGACAAGACCCGCCCCUUUCUGCUCAUUGGCUGAACGUUUGUUUUGUUUGGUGGCCUAACAGUUUUCAGAAGCAUUUAUCAAAUUUCUGAGACCCUACCGUUAAUGUUCACUUAAUUUCUUUAAAUGUUAUAGCACUUUAACGCUGAAUAGUGCUUUUCAGAAUUUAUUUAAAUUAUGCUUUAAUUUGCCUGCAAAACAGAGCAGGCAAACAUAAUCGAAGUGAAAUACUUUUGCGGUCUUUAUUACAAACAAACAAAGUCAAAUAACAAUACAGAAUCCCAUUUUGGUUUUACAUGAAGAAGGAGUAAAGUAAAAGAAUUACAACAAUAACAAUAAUAACAAUAAUGGAAAGGAAGUAAAAAGAAAAAGAAGAAAGCAAACCAUGUUUUACCAGCCAUGAUAAUAUUGUCUAAGUGGUGAAAAAAGCUUUAAUAAUGUACCCUAGGGGUAAAUAUAU